AUGAAGUCUUCACUACCAGUGUUUGAGUUGCAAGUUCUUAUGAUUUUUGCUAUCACCCAAAUCUGGCAUUUCUUCUUAAAGCGCUUUGACUUCCCUCAAUUCAUUCCACAAAUGAUAGCUGGCCUGAUUCUAGGUCCUGCUAUUCGGGUAGACAUGUUGGACAAAUACAAAAAGAUGUUGUUUCCAUAUCCAAGUCAGGACACACUUGCAUCUAUAACAUCAAUUGGUUAUGCACUUUUCAUCUUCACAAGUGGUGUGCAAAUGGAUUUGAGCAUGAUAACCAGGACAGGACACAGGGCAUGGACCAUUGCCAUCCUUGGAAUGACUGUGCCAUUGCUAAUUUGUAUUCCAAUCAUAACCACCAUCCAUUUUGAGGAUUUGCAAAAUCAAAUUGGAAUUCCUCUUUAUAAUGUUUCUCCUAUAGUGCUAUCAGAAGUUGUUAUUUCAUUUGCAGUGGUUGCUUCCCUCCUCAGUGAACUUAAAAUCCUUAACUCUGAACUUGGCAGGUUAGCAUUAUCCUCGGUGUUGGUAAGUGACAUAUUGAGCAAAACCAUUUCAUGUGUUAACAAUGCCUUUCUGGAUAAAGAAGGACAUCAUAAUAUUUUAGUACUCUUGAUAUCAUUGGUUGCCUUUGGCACCUUUAUUCCACUAAUUUUUCGGCCAGCAAUGUUUUGGAUCAUCAAACAUACUCCAGAAGGAAGGCCUGUGGAUGAUGGCUAUGUCUAUCUUAUCAUCACAAUGGUCUUUGCAUUAGGUUGGAUUGCAGUUAAAAUAAAUCAAGAGUUCAUCCUAGGAGCUUUUAUUUUGGGGUUGGCUGUGCCAGAAGGACCUCCAUUAGGAUCUUCAUUGGUCAAGAAGCUUCAGUUCUUUGGUAACAGUUUAUUGUUGCCAAUAUUUGUGACUUGUGGUGUGAUGAAGGCAGAUUUUUCCUUGCACCACUCAUCAAAAGCAGUUGUAGUCAUUGGUAUCAUCAUUCUUGUCACUCAUCUCAUCAAACUAAUAGCAUGCAUUAUACCUGCCCUCUUUUGCAAGAUUCCCUUGAAAGAUGCCUUGGCUCUAGCCCUCAUUUUGAACGUUAAAGGCGUAGUGGAUGUUGGCGCCUACGGUCUCUUAUAUGAUGAUGGGGUUAUUAGUGGCCAUAAUUAUGGAAUCAUGAUAAUCAGCAUAAUGAUCACAGCAUGCAUAGUGAAAUGGUCUGUGAAACUAUUGUAUGAUCCAUCAAGAAAAUAUGCUGGCUAUCAGAAAAGGAACGUCAUGAGUUUAAAAUCAGACUCAGAGCUGAGAAUACUUGCUUGCGUUCAUAAACCAUACCAUAUAACUGCUACAAUAGAUGUUCUUGAUCUUUGUUGUCCAACAACAGAAAAACCCAUCAUUGUGGAUGCAUUGCAUCUGAUCGAGCUAAUUGGCAGGACCUCUCCCAUUUUCAUUUCCCAUCGCAUUCAAAGAACGAUUUCAUCUGGUUCCCACCAGUCUUAUUCAGAUAAUGUCAUUCUUGCUUUUGAUCUCUACGAGCAUGACAAUAUUGGUGCAGUAACUGCACACGCUUACACAGCCAUAUCUCCACCCACCCUCAUGCAUGAAGAUGUUUGCCAACUUGCAUUGGACAAAGUAGCAUCCAUUAUAAUUCUUCCCUUCCAUCGAAGAUGGUCUAUUGAUGGUGGCAUUGAAUCUGAUGACAAGAACAUAAGGGCCUUAAAUUGUAAGGUCCUAGAUAUAGCUCCAUGCUCAGUUGGAAUCCUCUUGAGCCGUUCUUCCAUCCAAAGGGACUCAUUCAUUCAGGUAGCAAUGAUUUAUUUGGGUGGAAAAGAUGAUAGAGAGGCUUUGAGCAUAGCCAAACGAACAACGAGGAAUUCGAGGGUGAAGUUGGUUGUGUACCACCUUGCUGCUAAGGAACACACACCAAACAUAGAUUAUCUACUAGAUCAUGAGGCACUAAAAGAUGUUAAGAAACCCAAUCCUGGCACGGAAAAUGUGAGUUAUCACAAAGUUAUAGUAGAUGGUGGAGCAGAAACAUCUGCUGUUCUUCGUCAUAUAGUAGAUGAAUAUGACUUCUUCAUAGUUGGGAGAAGACAUGAGAUAGAGUCAACUCAAACAGAUGGCCUCGCAGUUUGGAGUGAAUUUUCAGAGUUAGGUACCAUUGGUGAUUUGCUUGCUUCAUCAGAUUUUGGGAGCAGAGCGGGUGUUUUGGUGGUGCAGCAACAAGUGAAAGACACAUAGUGGGUGGAAACUCUAUCAGCCAGUAGAAGAAAGAAAUGAAAACAUAAUGUACAAACAACAUAGUUAACUUUUUUCACUUUUACACACUAUAAAUAUUCUUGUGUUUGCCUAUGUUGUAUGGUUAGGUGCUUCUCUUUUUCUGCCACAGUUUAGCAAUUUUUUUUCUUUCAAAUUGGCCAAUCUUUUUGUCAG